UUUUGCAUCAUUACGGGCUUCAGAAUCUGCUUCACAGAAGAGCCUCGACACGAUGGCAGCGGCGGCUUCUCUUCUGUCUCUGCUCACUCUUACUGUAGUUUUAUCUGGAGGGUCAUGCAGAACUAACUCUGGAGAGCUCAUCAGUGAUGGAGAAACUGCAGACAGACUGUCUAACACCAGCAGAAGCAGAGGUGUGAGGUAUACUGGUGGAGCUCUUUCUCCCAGCAGAACCAGCAUUAGACACCCUGGAGAAUCCAGCACAGCUACUGCAGACUACACCACCAGCAGAAGAAGAGCUCAGGAACACAGCAGACUACACAACAGCACACACGGUGUAAAAACGCUGACCAUCAAACCCACUGAAACGUCAUCCAGAGCUCUGAAACCCACAGGAAAAACCCCCAAACCCACCGAAACCAGCAGAAAUACUCCUCAACCUACUGAAACCAGCAGAAAACCUCCCAAACCCACUAAAACCAGCAGAAAACCUCCCAAACCCACUAAAACCAGCAGAAAAACUCCCAAACCCACUAAAACCAGCGGAAAACCCCCCAAACCCACUGAAACCUCAACCAGAGCUCUAAAACCCGCAGGAAAACCCCCCAAACUGACUGAAACCAGCAGAAAUACUCUGAAACCAACUGAAGCCAGCAGAAAAACCCCUAAAUCUAAAGCCUCCUCCAGAGCUCUAAAACCCACAGGGAACCCUCCCAUACCCACUGAAACCAGAAGAAAAACCCCCAAACCCACUGAAACCUUCUCCAGAGCUCUGAAACCCACAGGAAACCCUUUCAAACCCACUGAAGCCAGUAUAAAACCCCUUAAACCGACUGAAACCAGCGGAAAAACUUCCAAACCCUCUGAAACUAGCAGAUCCACAGUCUCCCCUUCAUCCAAACCCCCCAGAACAUCCACAGUGAGCUUCAGCACAGAGGACCUGAGUGAAAGCAUCGACAAAACAGUGGAGAAGAGAGUCUGGAGCAGCAGAGAGAGCACAGAACCACCGGUGUUUGAGUGUCCUCCUUUGGGUUUGGAGUCUCUGAAAGUCAAAGACUCGCAGAUUCAGGCGUCUUCAUACCUGCGCCGGGGCCUGGGGCCGCACAGGGGCCGACUCAACAUACAGUCUGGUGUGGAGGAUGGAGAUAUCUAUGACGGAGGCUGGUGUGCGCAGUAUGAAGACCAGCAACAGUGGCUGCAGAUCCAUGCCCAGAAACUGACUCGGUUCACAGCUGUCAUUCUGCAGGGACGCAGCUCUAUAUGGAGCUUGGACUAUGUGGAAAGCUUCAAGGUUCAGGUCAGCAAUGACACCAUCAAAUGGAAGCCGUGCAUGAACGGGACACAAGAGGCGGUGUUUGAGGGAAACACAGACAGUGAAACGCCAGUGCUAGCGCUUCUGCCUGAGCCGGCGGUGGCACAAUACAUCCGCAUUAACCCACAGAGCUGGUUCAAGAAUGGCACCAUCUGCCUGAGAGCUGAAAUUAUGGGAUGCGAGCUGCCAGAUCCCAACAAUAUCUACCCAUGGCAAUCAGAGGACGGCAGCCAAGACAAGCUGGACUUCAGACAUCACAACUACAAAGAGAUGAGGAAGCUGAUGAAGUCUGUGAACGAGAUGUGUCCUGAUAUCACGCGCAUUUACAGCAUUGGUAAGAGCUACAUGGGCCUGAAGCUGUACGUGAUGGAGAUCUCAGACAACCCCGGCAAACAUGAGCUGGGUGAGCCGGAGUUCCGCUAUGUGGCCGGGAUGCAUGGGAACGAGGUGCUGGGUCGAGAGUUACAGCUGAACCUGAUGCAGUUCAUCUGUCAGGAAUACAGACGCGGAAACCAGAGAAUCCUCCACCUGGUCAAAGAGACGCGCAUCCACCUGCUGCCCGCCAUGAACCCAGACGGAUACGAGAUGGCAUACAAGAAGGGUUCGGAGCUGGCCGGCUGGGCUCUGGGUCGAUACAGUUAUGAAGGCAUCGAUAUGAAUCAUAACUUCGCAGAUCUGAACACUGUGAUGUGGGACGCCAUCGAGCUGCAAACAGACAAAUCCAAACUGAUCAAUCACUACUUUCCCAUCCCAGAGCAGUACACUUCAGAGGACGCCUGGGUGGCUCCAGAAACGAGGGCCGUGAUCAGCUGGAUGCAGACCAUACCGUUUGUUCUGAGUGCGAAUCUGCAUGGAGGAGAGCUGGUGGUGACCUACCCGUUCGACAUGACCCGAGACUGGGCACCGCGCGAGCAGACGCCCACCGCCGACGACAGCUUCUUCCGCUGGCUGGCCACAGUCUACGCCAGCACCAACCACGUCAUGUCCAACCCCGACCGCAGACCCUGCCACAACGAGGACUUCCUGCGGCACAAUAACAUCAUCAAUGGAGCAAACUGGCAUACGGUGCCAGGCAGUAUGAAUGACUUCAGUUAUCUGCACACCAACUGUUUCGAGGUGACGGUGGAGCUGUCCUGUGAUAAAUUCCCUCACGCCAGCGAACUGCCCACCGAAUGGCAGAACAAUAAAGAGUCUCUGCUGGUCUACAUGGAGCAGGUGCACAGAGGAAUCAAGGGAGUGAUUCGGGACAAAGACACCGAGGCAGGAAUCGCCGACGCCAUCAUUAAAGUGGAUGAUAUCGACCACCACAUACGAUCAGCUGCUGAUGGGGAUUUCUGGCGUCUGCUGAACCCGGGCGAUUAUGACAUCACAGUGACGGCGGAGGGAUAUUUCCCAGCGUCCCGCAGCUGCAGGGUGGAAUAUGAACAUUAUCCUACACUCUGCGACUUCCGGCUCACUAAAACACCGAAGCAGCGUCUGCGGGAGAUUCUGGCCAAAGGAGGAAAGAUCCCCAAAGACCUGCAACUGCGGCUGCGACAGCUGCGCACACGCAAACUGCGCGCAAGCACAAAGCGCAUUAACCGACGCCGCGCAUCACUGCAGCAGAGCAGAGCUCACCACUAGACUGACCUCUGACCUGUUCGGCUGCCACAGGGUUAAACCCAACCAAUGACCUGAAGCUGGUGUAUCACUGUCUCUCCCUUACGAACAUUAUCCAUUCAUUCAUUCGUUUACUUUUCGGCUUAGUCCCUUUAUUCAUCAGGGGUCGCCACAGCGGAAUGAACCGCCAACUUAUUCAGCAUAU